AUGUCUUCUUCAAAGCAUUUCUACGUGGUGUCAGCUCAUAAGGCAUCCGCCGUAUCUCUCGCCGUGAAAGGAAACUUUACUGGUCCUAAUGACUUAAACCUGAUUCUUGCGAAGGGAAGCAAUUUCGAAAUCAAUCUAGUUGCUGAAGAUGGUCUACGUAAACUACUGGACGUGCCCUUAUACGGACGAAUCGCCGUCUUGGAACUCUAUCGACCAGCUGGACGAAAGACAGAUCUCCUCUUCAUCAGCACGGAACGCUAUCGUUUCUGUGUAUUGUCCUGGGAUCCAGACACGUCUGAAAUCAUAACGGAAGCUAUGGGUGAUUUGGUAGAAAGAACUGGCAGACAAGCUGAUCAAGGUUGUGCUGCUGCUGUCGAUCCUAAAUGUAGAGUCAUCGCAGUACAUGCCUACCAAGGUAUACUCAAAAUCAUUCCCAUGCUGCAUGCUGGAAAUACCAAGGGAUGGGUUAGUUCGCGAGGUACCGAUUCCGCUGCUUCUUCUGCAAAGGGUAAAGCAGCUGUGCGAGAACGAAAGAUGGGAGAGUUGGCUGAUGUGUUCAAUAUAAGGCUCGAUGAGUUACAGGUCCAUGCAAUGACCUUCUUGCAAGGAGACGAGACCCAACGACCAUUGUUGGCCGUAUUAUGUCAAGACACUAAAGAGAAUCGUCACGUCAAGACAUUCGAAGUGUCUGUGCCUCUCAAAGAAUUGGUUGAAGGCCCUUGGUACCAAGCAAAUGUAGAUAGUGGUGCCAGAAUGCUGAUUCCAGUGCCUGUUGCUUCAGGUGGAGGUCUGCUUGUGAUUGGAGAAAAGACAAUUUCAUAUAUGAAUGGAAGAAUUCCACCUGUCGUCAUUGGCAUGAAGCUUACCAUUAUCAAAAGUUGCGCACAGAUUGACGCAGAUGGAUCACGAUAUUUAUUGGGAGAUUACCUAGGAAACUUGUUUGUAUUGGUUUCAUUCAAGGCAAAUGGGGUCAUUUCUUCAUUGAGAUUGGAAAGACUGGGAGAGACAUCGAUUGCAGCAGCUCUCACUUAUCUUGACAAUGGAUAUGCCUAUGUUGGUUCUCAUUAUGGAGACUCGCAGCUCAUCAAACUCAGCGCCGAAAAACAAGAAGCUGGAGACUUUUUCCAAGUAGUCGAUACAUACCCUAAUCUGGCACCCAUUGUCGAUUUCGCAGUUGUAGAUUUGGAGAGACAGGGCCAAGGCCAGAUUGUCGCAUGUUCUGGUAUCGGAAAAGAUGGUUCAUUACGUAUAGUCAGAAAUGGUAUUGGUAUCAAUGAAAUCGCGGAAUUAGAAAUGACUGGUUUGAGGAGUGUGUGGUCGCUACGACCACAUGCUGAGGCUAUACAUGAUGAUACCAUUGUCCUGUCAUUCACCAACGAGACGAGGCUUUUACAUGCUGAUCCAGAAGGUGAAAUAACAGAGACAGAAGAUGGAGGCGCCAUGAGAAUGGAUGAAUCUACUCUCUUUGCAAUCAAUAUGUGUGGUGAUUGUUUCAUCCAGAUAACAGCGUCAGGCGCUUACCUCCUAUCAACCUCCGACAAGAUGCUAAACCAUUCAUGGUCACCACCAUCUGGAUGCCGUAUCAUCCAGGCAUCUGCCAAUUCCACUCAAGUGCUACUGGCUUUGAGUGGUUGCCAUCUCGUAUACUUACAAGUGAAUCAACAAAGUCGUGUUCUGGAAGAAGUCUCUACUACGCAAAUUGAGCAUGAAAUAUCGUGCGUGGAUAUCGCACCUUUAGACAGUGCCGUAUCUAAUGUUUGUGUUGUUGGGCUGUGGGGUGAAGGAGGUGUUCAAGUUUUGGCUCUUCCGUCUUGGAAUGCGAUAGCAAAGGAGUCCUUGGGUGAAGAGGUGAUCCCUAGAUCUGUGCAUCUUGCUACUUUUGACGGAGUCGCGUACUUGUUGGCUGCUCUUGGUGACGGCACGCUGUACAAUUUCAUGAUGGAUGCCACUACGGGCACGCUGAGAGACAGGAGAAAGAUAUCCCUCGGUACUCAACCUGUCGCACUACGACCGUUCCGUGGUGCCGAUGGACGAAACCACAUAUUUGCUGCAUCAGAUAGACCUACUGUUAUUUAUUCAAGCAAUCAGAAGCUCUUGUAUUCAAACGUCAACCUCAAGGAGGUUAUACAUAUGACACCCUUCAAUUUGGCUGCAGCACCGAAUGCAUUAGCACUCGCUACACCCGACAGAUUACGAAUCGGAACUGUAGAUGAUAUUCAAAAACUUCAUAUUCGUACUAUACCACUUCGGGAGUUUGCCCGUCGAAUUGCACACGAUGAUGCUCAUAGAGUGUUUGGCCUUUUGACCACACGACUUGAGGUAGAUGAUGCUGGUACAGAGACUGAAAGGACGUUUUUCAAGGUGCUGGAUGAUCAAACCUUCGAUGUGAUUGAUGUAUUCGAAUUGGAACAAUUCGAAAUACCAGAAUCAAUAUCCGUCAUGAAUUUUUUUAAUGACCCACAACCGACUUUUGCCAUCGGAACUGCAUAUGCCUUCCCAAACGACGAAGAGCCUACCAGAGGUCGUAUUCUGCUCUUCAGACUAACACCUAAUCGGCGAAUCUCAUUAAUCGCCAUUACCGAAGUACCUGGAUCCGCAUACGCCAUAGUAUCACUACAAGAACGACUAGUAGCCAGCAUAAACUCCCGUGUCGUAGUCUUUAGCUUUGAUCCUACGAAAGACGACAUAACUACCCGUCUCACAGCCAAAUCAUCGCACCAUGGUCAUCUCGUCGCAUUGUAUCUAGCUGCUCAUGGUCACUUCCUGUUGGUGGGUGAUUUGAUGAAGUCUGUGUCCAUAUUACGACUAGGCGCAGAUGAUUCCUUAGAAGAAGUCUCGAAAGACUUUGCUACACAUUGGAUGACUGCUGUCCAAAUGCUGGAUGAUGAGACGUGUAUAGGUGGUGAUUCUAGUUAUAAUAUCUUGGCGUGGAGGAAACGAUCUGAAGGAGUCACUGAUGACGAGAGGCAGAGGUUGGAGUUGAUUGGGGAGUGGCAUGUAGGGGAUCAAGUUAAUCGGUUCCGUCAUGGAUCGCUCGUCAUCCAACUACCAGACUCUCAACCACCAGCCAUCCCACGCUUCCUCUUUUGCACCCUAACAGGAACACUGGGUGUAAUCUGCACCCUGAGCGAUGAAACAUUCGCACUCCUAAACCAAGUAGAAGUCAACCUCCGUCAAGUAAUCAAGGGAGUAGGAGGUCUAGAUCACGCUGAAUACAGGUCCUUCAUGGAUGACCGACGUACUGGACGAGGAGGUGGGAAGAACUUUAUUGAUGGUGAUUUUAUUGAACGUAUUCUUGAACUGGAUGCGACUCGAUUGCAACGAGUUGUUGAGGGGACUGGAAUGGAUGAUACUGCGAAACUCGGUAUUACGUCUGAUGCGCUUUUGAGGUUGGUUGAAGAUUUGAAUAGGCUUCAUUGA